CUCUCUCUCUCUCUCUCAGAUGUCGGACAGCUCUACUCAGGCAGAGCUUCAGUGUGUUCCUGUCAGUGCUUCGGGCAGCAGUGAGUCCGAGGCUAAAGGGACCCCGAAACGGCUCCAUGUUUCCAACAUCCCCUUCCGCUUCAGAGACCCAGACCUGCGGCAGAUGUUUGGGCAAUUUGGAAAGAUUCUGGAUGUGGAGAUCAUUUUCAAUGAGAGGGGCUCAAAGGGUUUUGGUUUUGUGACGUUUGAGACCAGUGCAGAUGCAGAGAAAGCACGAGAGCGCCUCCACGGGACCAUCGUGGAGGGACGGAAGAUCGAGUCUCCACGGUAACUGCUCGCGUGUGGUCACGCCGUUUCCUGGCUCAUGGUAAGUUUGUGUAUGUACGGCUUCAUCCCUGAUCAAUCCACCAGCUCAACCCCUGAGAUCUAGACUCAGCCCUCCCCAGCUUUACAAACUCUGCUCUUUGGCUCUUUUGCACUGAUUAGCUUGUUAUUUUCGGAGGAGCAGAGAUGCGUUAGAGGCCUCGCGGAGACGACGGCAGCCCUCGUCCUCGUGGUGAAGUUUGGCCGAACGCAUCCUCCGUCUGUUGUGCAUCUCCUCCCUGAGGUCUGUCCUGAAACACUGUUCAUCACAGGCAUGGGGAAAGAGCUUUAUUAAAUCAUCAUCAUGUUAAUGUAGUCGCUAAGGACCACAGAUACUGACAGAGACGAUAUUCCCUCCCCAGCGCUGGCCAUCGCUCUCAUGAUCAUUAACACAUGCAUCCCUCCGUGUCUCUCUCCUGUGCUUCUCUCGUUAGGGCUGGGUGUUAUGACCAUCGUCACACUAACCGCAUGUG